AUGCCUAGUGGGGGCGAAGUCCAAAGGCCAGCUGGACGCACCCGUAGGUGGGCCCCUCAUGAGCCAGGACUCCGCCUUCCUGACUCCACCGUAGCUUUACCCUUACGGGAAAUAGGGCCUCCCGAUGGUACAGGGAACCCCCGACUUCAAUACUGGCCCUUCUCUACCAGUGACCUAUAUAACUGGAAAACCCAGAAUGCCCGAUUUUCUGACAACCCUAAAGAUUUAAUAAGUCUCUUAGACACUGUUAUGUUUACCCACCAACCCACCUGGGAUGAUUGUCAGCAGCUCCUCCGACUCCUGUUCACCACCGAGGAGCGAGAAAGAAUUCAAUUGGAAGCAAGAAAGCUGGUUCCUGGAGAUGACGGCCAACCCACUGCUAACCUUGAUCUCAUUAAUGCAGCUUUUCCCUUGACCCGACCCCCACAGGAUGGCUGGGACUACAACACGGCAGAAGGUAGGGGACGGCUGCGCAUUUAUCGCCAGACUCUAAUGGCGGGUCUCCGGGCUGCUGCACGCAAGCCCACUAAUUUGGCAAAAGUGUAUUCAGUAAUACAAGGUAAGACAGAGAGCCCUGCCGCUUAUUUAGAAAGAUUAAUGGAAACCUUCAGACAGUAUACCCCCAUGAACCCCGAGGCCCCCGAAAAUCAAGCUGCUGUUGUAAUGGCCUUUGUAAAUCAGGCAGCCACUGAUAUUAAAAAGAAACUCCAGAAACUAGAGGACCUAGAGGGAAAACAGAUUCAGGACUUACUCCGCAUUGCCCAACGUGUCUAUAAUAAUAGAGAGACUCCAGAGGACAGGCAACUUAAAGCCACCGAGGAAAUGACCAAAGUCCUGGCCGCUGUUGUCCAAAAGCCCCUGGAUAAACAAAAGUCCCUAGAUAAGGACCAAUGUGCCUAUUGCAAAGAAAAAGGCCAUUGGGCCCGAGAAUGCCCUAAAAAGAAAAAGCCACGUCAUGAUCAAAAACCGUGGCAGCCAAAAACCACACCCGCCCUCUUCACUCAAGAUGCAGAAUAGGGGAGACGGGGUUCGGAUCCCCUCCCCGAACCUAGGGUAACGCUACAAGUGGAGGAGAACCCAGUUCAAUUCCUAGUCGACACAGGGGCACAACAUUCGGUCUUGAUCAGACCCCAUGGAAAAAUUUCUGAAAAAUCUUCCUGGGUCCAAGGGGCUACCGGGAUAAAAAAAUAUCCCUGGACCACCCAGAGGACUGUGGACCUAGGAAAUGGAAAGGUCACCCAUUCCUUCCUAGUCAUCCCCGACAGCCCAUGCCCCUUAUUAGGAAGAGACUUACUCACUAAAAUGGGGGCCCAGAUUCAUUUUACACCAGGGGGCCCCCAAGUGACUGGCCCUCACAACCAACCCAUGACCAUACUUACUCUAAGAUUAGAAGAUGAAUAUCGACUCCAUCAGGGGCCACCCUCACAAAGUCAAAACAUAGAGCCCUGGCUCCAGCAGUUUCCAGAAGCAUGGGCUGAAACCGGGGGUAUGGGGUUGGCUAAACAUCACCCAGCUCUAUUCAUAGAGCUGAAACCAGGGGCAGAUCCAGUUCGGGUCCGACAAUACCCGAUGUCAAUGGAGGCCAGAAAUGGCAUCACGCCACAUAUCCGUUGCCUCCUAGACUUAGGCAUCUUGCGUCCCUGCCAUUCAGCCUGGAACACCCCCCUGCUGCCUGUACGAAAACCUAACAGUGCGGACUACCGUCCGGUACAAGAUCUGAGAGAAGUUAACUGCCGAGUCAUGGACAUACACCCAACAGUACCCAACCCCUAUACCCUCCUAAGUGCCCUCAGCCCAGAAAGACAAUGGUAUACUGUCCUUGAUUUAAAAGAUGCUUUUUUCAGCCUGCCUCUGGCCCCCAAAAGCCAAGAGCUCUUCACUUUCGAGUAGUGGUCCGACCCUGAGAGAGGCACAAAUGGGCAACUCACCUGGACCCGGCUCCCCCAAGGAUUUAAAAACUCACCCACCUUGUUCGAUGAGGCACUUCACGAGGAUCGAUCCGAGGUAACCUACUUGGGGUAUCUGUUAAGAGAAGGCCAACGAUGGCUCACUGAUGCACGGAAGGAAACCGUCCUCCGCAUCCCCCGACCCACAACGCGAAGGCAGGUAAGAGAAUUCCUGGGAUCGGCCGGGUUCUGCCGCUUGUAGAUACCUCGGUUCGCCGAGAUGGCUAAGCCUCUUUACCGGGUCACCCGAGAACAGGUGCCCUUUGAAUGGACAGAGGAAACUGAGCAGGCUUUCCAGCAAAUUAAACUCGCCCUGUUGUCGGCACCAGCCUUAGGGCUCCCCGAUGUCUCCAAACCCUUUCAUCUCUUCAUAGAUGAAAAUAAAGGGGUAGCCAAAGCAGUGCUGAUGCAACUCCUUGGCCCAUGGCCCAGGCCCGUUGCCUAUCUUUCAAAAAGACUGGACCCAGUAGCGGCUGGCUGGCCCCCUUGCCUCCGUAUGAUCGCUGCUACAGCUCUAAUGGUAAAGGAUGCUGAUAAGUUAACUAUGGGACAAGAGUUACAUGUUACAACCCCUCAUGCCAUUGAGGGAGUCCUCAAACAACCUCCUGACCGAUGGAUAAGUAACGCCCGACUGGUUCACUACCAGGGACUAUUAUUAAAUCCCCUCAGAAUCAUUUAUGCUCCCCCCCGAACACUAAACCCUGCCUCCCUGUUACCAGACCCGGACUUGGAUACCCCCCUCCAUGACUGCGCUGAGAUAUUGGCACAAGUUCAUGGAGUUCGGGAAGAUUUACAGGAUGACCCUCUACCAGAUGCCCAGGUUACCUGGUUCACUGACGGCAGCAGCUUUGUACAUCAGGGUCAAAGGUAUGCGGGGGCAGCAGUCACAACUAAAACUGAGACUGUUUGGGCAGAGCUUUUGUCAGCUGGCACCUCUGCCCAACAGGCUGAACUUGUGGCCUUAACCAAGGCACUGACUUUGGGAAAAGACAAGAGACUAAACGUGUAUACCGAUAGCAGAUAUGCUUUUGCUACGGCCCACAUACAUGGAGCUAUAUACAGAGAGAGGGGACUGUUAACUGCAGAGGGGAAAACUAUCAAAAACAAAGAAGAAAUAUUGGCUCUUUUAAAGGCACUCUGGCUGCCUAAACGACUAGCCAUCAUACAUUGCCCAGGCCACCAAAAACCGGUCACACCGGUGGCCAGAGGAAAUAAUUUGGCUGACCAGGUGGCCCGAGAGGCGGCCUUACAGGUGGACUGUGCUUUAAUGACCACCCUACCAGACCCCGGUUCAGCUAGUUUACCAGAAAGUCCCACCUACACUAAAGAAGACCUAAACUGGAUCCAAAAAUCGCCUAUGACUCAGUGCCUUAAUGGAUGGUGGAGAGCAGCAGACUGUAGCAUAAUCCUCCCAGAAGAAAUGGGAAAUAAAGUCUUAUCCAAGAUGCACCGAGCCACUCAUAUGGGCACAAGAAAAAUGCAAGACUUAAUAAGACAUGCUAGGAUCACCAUUAAAGACUCUAGGACAAAAAGUGAACAGAUAGUUACUAGCUGUAAACCUUGCCAAUUAACUAACGCCACCAACCACGGGAAAAACCCUGGCUCCAGAACCCGCGGAACCAGGCCGGGAGCCUAUUGGGAAGUAGACUUCACCGAGGUAAAGCCUGGAAAAUAUGGGUACAAAUAUUUGUUAGUGUUUAUAGAUACCUUUUCAGGAUGGACAGAGGCCUUCCCCACCAAGCAUGAGACUGCGCAGGUAGUAGCAAAGAAAAUGUUGGAAGACAUCAUGCCCAGGUACGGAUUCCCUACCCUAAUAGGAUCAGACAAUGGACCAGCAUUCAUUUCAAAGGUAAUACAAGGGAUAGCGCAGUUUAUUGGGGCCGAUUGGAAACUACAUUGUGCAUAUAGACCCCAAAGCUCAGGACAGGUAGAAAGAAUGAAUAGAACCCUAAAAGAGACCCUAACCAAAUUGACCAUGGAGACUGGCGCUAACUGGGUAGUCUUACUCCUCUACGCUCUGUUCAGGGUGUGGAACUCCCCUUACAAACUGGGAUUAACCCCCUUUGAAAUCAUGUAUGGAGUGCCCCCCCCUAUAAUUCCCAACCUACAGUCUAAUGUGUUAACUGAAUUUGAUGAUCAUAAACUUCUUAUUUCCCUGAGGGAACUCCAGCGCACCCACCAGAAAGUUUGGCCCAGACUGAGAGCCGUUUACGAGACCGGGCCCCCUCCUGAGCCACAUCACUACCGACCCGGAGACUGGGUAUACGUGAGGAGACAUGAGCGAAAAAAGAAAGAACAGGAGGCAGGAUGGUUUGAAUCCUGGUUCAGUGCGUCCCCAUGGUUAAUUACCCUGCUCUCUACUUUACUCGGGCCCCUAGCCAUCCUACUUCUCGCUCUCACAUUAGGCCCCUGCAUCAUAAACAAAAUUAUUAAUUUUGUCCAAGACAUGUUCAAUGCUGUACAAUUAAUGGUCUUACGAACUCAGUACCUACUGCUCGAGACAUUACAAACAGAGGCUUAA